AUGAAAAAAUUUGAAGCUAAUUCAGAGAUACCUCAAGCUAAGAAAGUGGAACAAUGGGUUUCGAGGAAAUACCUCAAAUUCGUCGGAAUAAUUCCGGCUGCCCGCUGUGAACGCCACGGAACUAGGUUUUUGCCGAUGAGUUCGAGGUCGAGGUAUCCGCCGCCGGGUAUGGGCGGCGGCGGACUGAAACACCCGCAUACCGGCCAUGGUCCUGAUUUCAACGCCGGCCACCAGUACGUGCAGAGGGGCCCGGUGCAGAACAUUCAAAACCCUCAGCCACAGCAGUGGUUAAUGAGGAACCAGAAUCAGCUCCCGCCAGCUAAUUAUUCGGUCGACGAGGUCGAGAAGACCGUACAAUCUGAAGCUGCUGUUUCGAGUUCGCAAGAUUGGAAGGUGCAAUUAAAACUACCACCUGCGGACACCCGUUACAAAACCGAGCUACUAAAGGAAAUGAAUUCGAAGACUACUUUUUUGAAGCGUGAACUGCUUAUGGGAAUAUAUGAGAAGGGUUUCGAGAGGCCAUCUCCAAUCCAAGAGGAGAGUAUUCCAAUUGCACUAACUGGAAGUGAUAUUUUGGCCCGGGCCAAAAAUGGAACCGGGAAAACAGCCGCCUUUUGUAUCCCGGCCUUGGAGAAAAUCGAUCAAGACAAGAACGUUAUUCAAGUUGUUAUUCUUGUCCCAACAAGAGAAUUGGCUCUUCAAACGUCACAAGUAUGUAAAGAACUUGGGAAGCAUUUGAAAAUCGAAGUCAUGGUUACCACAGGUGGAACUAGCCUAAAGGACGAUAUAAUGCGUCUCUACCAACCUGUUCAUUUACUUGUUGGGACACCUGGAAGAAUUCUUGAUCUUGCUCGGAAGGGUAUUUGUAUCUUAAAUGAAUGCAGCGUGCUUGUAAUGGAUGAGGCGGACAAACUUUUAUCUCCAGAGUUUCAACCUUCUAUCGAGCAGUUAAUUCGCUUCUUGCCUGCAAAUCGUCAGAUUCUCAUGUUCUCUGCUACAUUCCCCGUUACUGUAAAAGAUUUCAAAGAUCGAUACCUGCGAAAGCCCUAUGUGAUCAACCUUAUGGACGAGCUUACACUCAAGGGUAUAACCCAAUUUUAUGCUUUUGUGGAAGAAAGGCAGAAAGUUCACUGCCUCAACACUCUCUUUUCUAAGCUUCAAAUCAACCAAUCAAUUAUCUUCUGCAAUUCUGUAAACCGGGUAGAGCUUCUUGCCAAGAAAAUAACGGAGCUCGGAUAUUCUUGCUUUUACAUCCAUGCUAAAAUGCUCCAAGAUCAUCGCAAUAGAGUGUUUCACGACUUUCGCAAUGACUUAUUCACAAGAGGUAUAGAUAUCCAAGCAGUAAAUGUUGUGAUCAAUUUCGACUUUCCUAAGAAUUCAGAGACAUACUUGCACAGGGUUGGUAGAUCCGGAAGAUUUGGACAUCUCGGGUUAGCCUUGAAUCUAAUUACCUACGAAGACCGCUUCAAUUUGUACAGGAUCGAACAACAAUUAGGCACAGAGAUUAAGCAAAUUCCUCCACACAUUGAUCAAGCUAUAUACUGCCUAUUCGAAGCAAGAUUCAAGCGCAUUCAACCUCAAGACUGGCGUUUAAUCCGGAAACAAGCUGCAAAGCCUCCGAAUAACGUUAGUAAAUUCAAAACCGGCGUAGAGAAGAUUCAAGAUCUACUUUGCGACGAAGACCAAGGAUUCGUGUUCUUCGCGUUCUUGGGAUAUUUUGACGUUAACGGCGAAGAUAAUGAUAUGGAGGUCGUGGCAUCCUCUGAUUUUGAGGAGAUGCGAGUGUGUGUGAGAGAGAUGGGAAGAGCACCAUGUUGUGAUAAGAAGGGGCUGAAAAAGGGGCCAUGGGCUCCUGAGGAAGAUGAGAAGCUGCUGGACUACAUUAACAAGCAUGGUCAUGGCAGCUGGAGAUCUCUCCCCAAGCUUGCAGGUCUUCUUCGUUGUGGGAAGAGCUGUCGGUUGAGGUGGACAAACUAUCUGAGGCCAGACAUCAAACGUGGACCUUUCAGCCCUCAAGAAGAAAAGCUUGUCAUACAAUUGCACGCUAUUCUUGGCAACAGGUGGGCCGCAAUAGCCUCUCAGCUUCAGGGCAGAACAGACAAUGAGAUCAAGAACCUAUGGAACACUCACCUCAAGAAACGGUUGCUCCUAAUGGGCAUCGACCCCGACACCCACGAGCCCAUCUCGACGCCAAGUGGCGCCCCCUCGGCCCGCCACAUGGCGCAAUGGGAGAGCGCCAGGCUGGAGGCCGAGGCCCGCCUGUCCCGAGAAUCCCUCUUGCUCCCCACCUCCUCCUCAUUCGCCAACAAGUCCGAAUCUGACCUAUUCCUGCGCCUCUGGAAUUCCGAAGUCGGGGAAACUUUUCGAAACUUGAAAAGUGGAGGGAAAACUGGUGCCAUCCAAACAGACCCUAAUCCGGCUGGCAACAAAUCGUGCGACGAGUGCGUGAGCUCGAACGAACCCCAAGAUUCAGAUGACGACGAAGAAUCUACUUUGGACCUGCUUUUGGAUUUCCCGAGUGAUGACAUGAGCUUCUUGGAAAACGGCGAUGGCUGCUGCUAUAGCGGAUUGUACCCUGGCAUUUUAGACCGCAAGCCGAUCGUGUAGUUAACAGUCUUUAGUGAUUAUAUGGUGUUAAAUAUGAAAGAGGCAUUACCUGGGGUUUUAGCCUUUUAGGUGUUGGGUUGUUUCUCUUUUGUGAUCGGGUCGAAUUUCAUCCUCGUCUGGACCAUGGUUUGAAAUGGAAAGAAUGUUGAUGGCCUCUGUUUCAAUAACCUGAAGAGCUAAUGCAAAACGAGCAAAAAGAUAACAUAUAGAGAAAGUCUUGCAUUUAGGAAGCAAUCGAC